CGGCCGGCGCGCGAGCAGCCCGAGCAAGAAAGGAGGAGAAAGAAAGGAAAAAAAAAGAGGAGAAAGGAAAAAAAAAAAGGUGACGCGGGGCCCGGGCCGGCGGCCGGCGCGCCCCCCCACCCCCCACCCCCCGCCGCCCCUGGGUAUUUGGCCGCGCUCGCCGGCGGCGCGGGGCAGAGUCUGCAGCGAGCUGGGCGCCUGCCUUCCCCGGGCGCGCUCCGGGGCUCGGCUGUCCGCGUCGUCCGGCGCCUUCGCCCGCCGCCGCCGCCGCCGGGAAGGACGCGCGCGGAGGCCGCGGGGCCGCGUCCCGGCCGGAGCCCGAGUGGCCGCGGGCGGCGCGGCGGGCCCCGAGUGAGCGGCGGCGGCUUGGAGAGGCCGCGCGCGCGCGCGGCGCGGAGGAGCAGGAGGAGCGGGAGCAGGAGGAGCAGGAGGAGCGGGAGCAGGAGGAGCAGAAGGAGCAGGAGGAGCAGGAGGAAGGCGGCGGCGGCCCCGGCCCCGGCCCCGGCGCCCCGGCUCGGGCUCGGACUCGGCGCGGCGGCCCGGCCGCGCGUUGGGCGGCGGCGUUGGCGUUGGCGUUGGCAGCAGCGGCAGCGGCGGGGCCAUGCAGGCGCGCUACUCCGUGUCCAGCCCCAACUCCCUGGGAGUGGUGCCCUACCUCGGCGGCGAGCAGAGCUACUACCGCGCGGCGGCCGCGGCGGCCGGGGGCGGCUACGGCGCCAUGCCGGCCCCCAUGAGCGUGUACUCGCACCCGGCGCACGCCGAGCAGUACCCCGGCGGCAUGGCGCGCGCCUACGGGCCCUACACGCCGCCGCCGCAGCCCAAGGACAUGGUCAAGCCGCCCUACAGCUACAUCGCGCUCAUCACCAUGGCCAUCCAGAACGCGCCCGACAAGAAGAUCACCCUGAACGGCAUCUACCAGUUCAUCAUGGACCGCUUCCCCUUCUACCGGGACAACAAGCAGGGCUGGCAGAACAGCAUCCGCCACAACCUGUCGCUCAACGAGUGCUUCGUCAAGGUGCCGCGCGACGACAAGAAGCCCGGCAAGGGCAGCUACUGGACGCUGGACCCGGACUCCUACAACAUGUUCGAGAACGGCAGCUUCCUGCGGCGCCGGCGCCGCUUCAAGAAGAAGGACGCGGUGAAGGACAAGGAGGAGAAGGACCGGCUGCACCUCAAGGAGCCGCCCGCGCCGCCGCCGCCCCCCGGCCGCCCGCCGCCCGCCGCCCACGCCGCCGCGGCCCCGGAGCCCCCCGACGGCGGCGCCGGCGCGGCCAGCGCCAACGCCAGCGCCGGCGGCGCGCCCGGCGCGCAGCCGCCGCCCGUGCGCGUGCAGGACAUCAAGACCGAGAACGGUACGUGCCCCUCGCCGCCCCAGCCCCUGUCCCCGGCGGCCGCCGCCCUGGGCAGCGCCGCCGCCGCCGCCGUGCCCAAGAUCGAGAGCCCCGACAGCAGCAGCAGCAGCCUGUCCAGCGGCGGCAGCCCCCCGGGGGGCCUGGCGGCGGGCGCGCGGCCGCUCGGCCUGGACGGCGGCGGGGAGCCCGCGCCCCCGCCGCCCGCGCCGCCCGCGCCCCCGCCGCCGCCGCCGCCGCCGCCGCACCACAGCCAGGGCUUCAGCGUGGACAACAUCAUGACGUCGCUGCGGGGGUCCCCGCAGGGCGCGGCGGCCGAGCUCAGCCCCGGGCUGCUGGCCCCGACGGCCGGCGCGGCGGCGGCGGCGCGCGCGGGCCUGGCGCCCCCGCUGGCGCUCGGCGCCUACUCGCCGGGCCCCGGCGCGCUCUACAGCUCCCCCUGCGGCCAGGGCGCGGGGGGCGCGGGCGGCCAGGGCGCGGGGGGCGCGGGCGGCCAGGGCGCGGGCGGCGGCGGCGGCGGGGCCGCGGGGGCCGCGGGGGCCGCGGGGACCUACCACUGCAACCUGCAGGCCAUGAGCCUGUACGCGGCCGGCGAGCGCGGCGGCCACCUGCAGGGCGCGCCCGGGGGCGCGGGCGGCCCGGCCGUGGACGACCCCCUGCCCGACUACUCGCUGCCGCCCCCGGUCACCAGCAGCAGCUCGUCGUCCCUGAGCCACGGCGGCGGCGGCGGCGGCCAGGACGCCGGCCACCACGCGGCCGCCCACCAGGGCCGCCUGACGUCGUGGUACCUGAACCAGGCGGGCGGAGACCUGGGCCACCUGGCCAGCGCGGCGGCGGCCGCGGCGGCCGCGGGCUACCCGGGCCAGCAGCAGAACUUCCACUCGGUGCGCGAGAUGUUCGAGUCGCAGCGCAUGGGCCUGAACAACUCGCCGGCCAACGGGAACAGUAGUUGCCAGAUGGCCUUUCCGUCCAGCCAGUCUCUGUACCGCACGUCGGGGGCCUUCGUCUACGACUGCAGCAAGUUCUGACGCGCCCCCCUCCGCGCGCGCGCCCGCCCGCCGCCCCGCCGAGCCCCCCUGCACCGAAGCCCCAAGCGACAGCAGCCCAGAGAGCCACCGGUGCAAAAGCGAAACCAAAGAGAGACAGAGAGAGAGACAGAGACACACACACACAGAGAGAGAAGCCCCCCAUUCCCAUGAAAGGACACUAAGGACAGCCUUCCUCCGGCCGACCAGCGGACACAAUCCCUGCAAAGAUUCGACCCACCAGCAGCAAGAAAACUAUUUUCUUAAAAAAAAAAAGACCCACAAACACCAGAUAAUUUCAGAGCCACCUCCACCUUUGCCUUAUCUAAAUAAACAAACCCGUAAACUGUUUUGUACAGAGACAGCAGUCAUGGUUUAUUAAAGGACAGUGUUACUCCAGAUAACACGUAAGUCUCUUCUUUCUUCUCAGACAUCAUCGCUUUCCCCAUCCCCUCCCCGCCCGGGGCCCUCGCCCUCUCUCGCCUCUCACCUCUCACCUGUAAGAUAUUUUAUCCUACCUGGAAAGGAGGGGGGAGAGUCCCCCCGUAUAUGAAAAUCGCUUCCUUUUUAUUCAUGGACUUGUUUUAAAAUGUAAAUUGCAACAUAGUAAUUUAUUUUUAAUUUGUAGUUGGAAGUCGUGGACCAAACGCCAGAAAGUAUUUCCAAAACCUGACGUUAAAUUGCCUGAAACUUUAAAUUGUGCUUUUUUUUUUUCAUUAUAAAAAGGGAAACUGUAUUCAUCUUAUUCUAUCAUCUUUACUUUUUUUUUGUCGAACAUAUUCGUUGUUUGUUUAUUAAUAAAUUGCCAGUUUGGAUGAGA